AUGAUUGGAAAACUCACAGGUGAAGAUAUAGUUAUUGCAGGUUCUGGAAAGGAGCAGAAAAUGAAGGGACUCAGAAAUCUGGCGGGAACAACCUUGGCUCUUUUCUUGGUGUUCUCUUUCAUGGGAAAUUCCAGCAGUGCACCACAGAGACUCUUUGAGAGAAGAAACUGGACUCCUCAAGCUAUGCUCUACCUGAAGGGUGCACAGGGACGCCGCUUCAUCUCCGACCAGAGUCGCAGGAAGGACCUUUCCGACAGGCCGCCGCCAGAAAGACGAAACCCAAAUCCUGGACUACUAACUCUUCCAGAAGCAGCAGCUCUGUUGUUGGCUUCCUUGCAGAAACCAAAAGAAGCUGGAGAAGAAAACUUUGAUCAAACCAGAUUCCUGAAAGACAGUCUGAUAAACUGGUGAAAAUAUAUCAAAUUGCACUCAGUUAUAAUUCUGUUAUUGUUGAAGACAUAAACCAUGUGAAUAAAACCUGUGGAUCCUU